CACGUCCACCCACCCUGUCAAACUUCCACGGUUGCUCUAAAUCUACGUGACGAUUUUUCAUGUUUUAACUAUUAAAAAUGCCGUUGAGGUUGGACAUCAAGAGGAAGUUGACGGCGAGGUCAGACCGCGUCAAGUGUGUCGACCAGCAUCCUACAGAGCCAUGGCUGCUGUGCUCGCUGUACAACGGCGAUGUCAACAUAUGGAACUACGAGACACACUCACAGAUCAAGCGAUUUGAGGUAUGUGACUUGCCGGUGCGAUCUGCAAAGUUCGUCCCCAGAAAGAACUGGGUUAUAACAGGUUCUGAUGACAUGCAAAUACGUGUCUUCAACUACAACACACUAGAAAGGGUACAUGCUUUUGAAGCUCAUUCAGAUUAUGUGAGGUGCAUUGCUGUCCAUCCUACACAACCUUACAUUUUGACCAGUAGUGAUGACCUGCUUAUAAAAUUAUGGAACUGGGAUCGCAGCUGGGCUUGCCAACAAGUCUUUGAAGGUCACACUCACUAUGUAAUGCAGAUUGUUAUCAAUCCAAAAGACAACAACACAUUUGCUAGUGCCAGUUUAGAUACAACUGUUAAGGUCUGGCAGCUAGGGUCGUCCAUUUCCAACUUCACUCUAGAAGGUCACGAAAAGGGUGUCAACUGCGUAGACUACUAUCAUGGAGGUGACAAACCAUACUUGAUAAGUGGGGCUGAUGACCGUCUUGUCAAAAUAUGGGACUACCAAAACAAAACCUGUGUUCAGACUUUGGAGGCUCACAUGCAGAAUGUGUCGGCCGUGUCAUUCCAUCCGGAGCUUCCGAUCUUGCUCACUGGAGCAGAGGAUGGCACUGUCAGGAUAUGGCAUGCUGGCACAUACCGUCUGGAGUCUUCUCUAAACUAUGGAUUUGAAAGAGUUUGGACAAUCUCGUCCAUGCACGGCUCUAACAAUGUGGCUAUCGGAUACGACGAAGGGACCAUUAUGAUCAAAGUUGGAAGAGAAGAGCCAGCCAUAUCAAUGGACGUGAACGGUGGCAAAAUUAUUUGGGCUAAACAUUCCGAAAUGCAGCAGGUUAACUUGAAAGCUUUACCCGAAGGUACGGAAAUAAAAGACGGCGAGCGUGUGCCAGUGGUCGCCAAGGACAUGGGAUCAUGUGAAAUAUACCCCCAAACUAUAGCACACAACCCCAACGGCAGAUUCGUUGUUGUCUGCGGCGACGGAGAGUUUAUCAUUUACACCGCUAUGGCCUUGAGGAACAAGGCUUUUGGAACUGCCCAGGAAUUCGUAUGGGCCUUCGACAGCUCAGAAUACGCCACAUUGGAGAACUCGAGCACAAUAAAAGUGUUCAAAAAUUUCAAGGAGAGAAAGAGUUUCAAGCCUGAAUACGGUGCUGAAGGAAUCUACGGCGGAUUCAUGCUUGGCGUCAAGUCUAUAAGCGGGAUGGCGUUCUCUUUCUACGACUGGGAGCAUCUGGAGCUCAUCCGACGUAUCGAGAUCCAGCCGCGUCACGUGUACUGGUCGGAGAGCGGCAACUUGGUGUGUCUGGCGACAGACGAGGCGUACUACGUGUUGAAAUACAAUGCCGCCGUGGUUAAUCGUGCACGGGAAACUAACUCUAACGUCAGUGAAGAUGGCAUCGAGGACGCCUUCGAGGUUGUCGGUGAGGUAAACGAAACAGUGAAAACUGGACUGUGGGUGGGCGACUGCUUCAUAUACACCAACUCGCUAAACAGAAUAAACUACUACGUCGGCGGAGAGAUCGUCACCAUCUCGCAUCUUGAUCACACCAUGUAUAUUCUCGGAUAUGUGGCCAAAGAAAACAGACUUUACUUGAACGAUAAAGAGUUGAACAUCGUGUCGUAUUCUCUCCUGCUGUCGGUGCUGGAGUACCAGACAGCGGUGAUGCGCGCCGACUUCGAGACGGCCGACCGGGUGCUGCCCACCAUUCCGCAGGACCAUCGCACCAGAGUCGCACACUUCCUUGAAAAACAGGGUUUCAAACAACAAGCAUUAGCGGUAUCCACUGAGCCAGAACAUCAGUUCGAGUUGGCUUUGUCGCUCGGCGAGCUGCGGAGAGCGAAGCAGUUGGCGGAAGAGGCGGCGGCGGCCGAAGGUGGUCUUUUGAGCCGCACCUCGGCGGCAAGGUGGUCGAGACUGGGAGCGGCCGCUGCGGCUGCUGCCGACACAGAGCUCACCAAGAUGUGCUACCAAAGCGCUAAAGAUUACAGCGCGCUUUUACUUAUGGCCGCUAGUACCGGCGAUAAAGUACUAUUAGAAGAAGUAGCACAAAUGGCUUCGGAGGAGGGCGACGACAACAUCGCUUUCGUUGCCUAUUUCACGCUCAAUGACCUCAACUCCUGUCUCAACCUGCUAAUCAAGCGCGACAAACUUCCCGAAGCCUCCUUCUUUGCCAGAUCUUAUAUUCCCUCCAAAUUGGCUGAAGUGGUGAAGCUAUGGCGUGAGUCAGUUGGUGCCACAAACAAAAAGUCAGGACAGUCCCUGGCUGACCCUGAACAGUACGAAAACUUAUUCCCCGAAUACCAGGAAUCACUCGAGCUAGAAAAAUACCAGAACGUGUUUGGCUUCGAGCACAGUUCGAAGUUAAUCAACCUACCACCCGACUCGAAGGAGUGCAACACUGACAGAAACCUUGCCGAGGAGAUGGCUGCGGCGGAGAGACAAGGCCUUUAUGUGCACAAGCCAGGCCCAUCCAGUGAAACCCGCAUUCCGGACAGCGUUACGCUCAGCGACACACAGCUACCCGUCGAAGACAAGCUGAAAGAUCGAGAAGCGCUGGACAUCAUGGACGAGAUCGACCGGGAAAUUGAAGAAAUGGCAUUAGGGGACACAGCUGAGAGCGUGGAUUUAUCGGAUGAAGGCGAUCUGAUGGAUUAAUGGCUGGAUGUAUUUACAUUUUUUAUUUUAUAUUAUAACUAUCAUAAAAUAAUAUGUAUUUCCUAAAGUGCUAAUACAUUUUAAGAUUAAAGUAUUAUACAGACAUUUGUUCCGGUGUUUUUGUUUUCUCGAUGUACACCACUAUAGAGAUUUAUUGAUAUGACUUUCGAAUUAGGAAAUUAUUGUUAUUGAAUUGUUCAAAUUGGUCUAGACGAAAUUAGGAAUAUGUUUGUAAUGGGCGGCCACAACGCAAACGUCGAGCCGCCCGUGAUAUAGGACUCUAUAUGUAUAUAACAAGAUGAAUGGUUAUCUAGACAACGUAUUGUUAGUUAUCAAACUCUUCAAAACUGCCCUAGGUGCGCAAAUAUCGUCCCUAGGCAAAAUUUUCUGGGUCUCAUAUUAUCGUUUUAGCAUUUCACGUCUUGAGCCGUAGCUCGGCAAUAUCGUUACAUAUAUAAGUUAUAUUCAUAACGAAAAAAAAAAUGUUGU